GAGUGAGGUAGAGAGAAAGAGUAUUCAGUCGAAGGGCAAGUAUGUUGGUUUGUGCAAUGUUAGAGACUUAGUUUUCAAUCUAACUCGGGUCGAAAUCAUACCAACUUAUCCACGAGGACGAAACGAGUGCUAGGAAACCUCUCACGUUGUUGAAGCCUAUAGAUCGCCCCAUUUAUUAUAAUUCCCCAUAUCGAAUACAUCUCAAAGCUGCCCCAGAAAUUGAUGUUUCAGUGGUUUAAAGAACUUAUGUGUUAGUUUAUCUGGAUCCAUAUGUGCAAAAAGAAAUCAUUCUGGUCAAAUAUCCCGUCUAAUUUCCAGCCCUGCCGACAGGGUGCCGGGGGAGUCGAUAUGAUGUGGCUAUGCAAUGUUGAUGGCCGGGGUCUGGGAUUAAAAGAAGGAUCUUCGUGGGCGUGCCCCAUGAAGCUCAUUUAAGCUUAAUCUUUAAAGGCCGCGAUGGAACCGUGUAUUAUAUGCCCUCUUGAUACUAGGAAGUUGUUCCUAUCUAGCUGAUAGAAUUCACGAUUGGUAAAUGCCCUAUCUUUCGCGAUGCGGUGGAUACUUGAACUGGCUGUCGGAACGUUUCUGGCUGCGUCGACAAUCGCCAGCCCAAUCUCGCCAAGCACUGCGGACAGGCGAUACCUUGAGGCACGGGAUAGAGUCAAGUACAAUGUUUUUGAGCACAGCGCCACGAAGUCCAGAUUGUCAUUUGUAAAGAACUCGGGCAUCUGCGAAACAACCCCGGGCGUUAACCAGUACUCUGGGUACCUCUCGGUGGGUGAGGACAUGAACAUGUGGUUCUGGUUCUUCGAAGCUCGCGAGAAUCCUCGACAGGCACCACUUGUAGCAUAUUUCGAGGGCGGACCAGGGGAUGCAUCCGAAUAUGGGCUUUUCACCCAAAAUGGGCCUUGUCAUUUUGUCAAUAACGAAACAUCACCGUCUUUGAACCCGUACAGUUUCAAUAGUUACGCCAACAUGCUCUAUAUCGACCAGCCAAUAGGCGUCGGAUUCUCGUAUGGUAACGCCACCGUCAAUUCGACUAAGGCGGCUGCUCCGUUAGUCUGGAAUCUACUUCAAGCCUUUUACGAAAGUUUUCCUGAAUAUGAAUAUCGCGAUUUUGGUAUAUUCACCGAGUCAUACGGUGGUCAUUAUGGACCCGAGUUCGCGAGCUAUAUCUUGGACCAGAACAUCGCAAUUUCUCGAGGCAAUCUUCACGCCGAAGAGAUCCGCUUAGUAGCCCUAGGUAUCAGCAAUGGGUGGUUCGACGCUACCAUCCAAGAAAAGACUAACAUUGAGUACUUGUACAAUAAUUCGUACAGACAACUCAUUAACGAGACCUUCUAUAAGGAGCUUCUGACGCGGUACGACACAAAAUGCAAGCCUGCGCUCGAUAGAUGUGCAGAUGUCGGCACGACUGAUGGUUGUUUUGCUGCAUGGAAGUCAUAUAUGGAUGAGAUCGAAUAUCCAAUACUUGGCGUUCUAAACAAAGACUAUCCUGGAUUUUAUCUCGGCGACAUUCGCGACCCAUCAUUACGAGCCCCUUCGACAUAUAUUGCAUACUUGCAGAGACUCGACGUACAGGAAGCUCUUGGGGCAAAGGUAAAUUAUUCGGAUCACGCCGGGGCCGCAGGUUUCAUCUACUCAGGUGACGAUGCACGCUCAUUCAUGACCCAACUCUCAGCUGUCGUGCAAGCAGGUGUCAGGGUGGUGGUUUGGACAGGUGACGCCGACUACGUCUCUAACUGGCUCGGGACUCUAAGAGUGGCAGACUCAAUUGAAUGGCUCGGAAAGGAGGCGUUCACAAACAAGGACAUGAUACCAUAUACUCUCAACGGAACGCAAAAGGGAACAUUCAAGUCCCUCGAUAAUUUAACCUUUAUGCGUAUUUUUGAAGCUGGGCAUAAUGUGCCGUUCUAUCAACCGGAAGCUUCACUACAGAUAUUUGAACAGAGUAUGAAGACAAGCGGUAUAAUUCCUACAUAGGUUUUUGUAUAUCUUAAUUUUCUUUCGGGCAGGAGUAUCAUGAAGAACUCAUGAAUAAC